AUGGGCUCUUUGCAAAAAAACGAGAACAGAGCGUACCUAAUGGCGGGUGCAACUUCCGGUUUAAUUUCUUGCUUUCUCCUGCAACCCUUUGAUCUUGUUAAGACGCGUUUACAGCAAGAAAGACAACGACAAAACAGACUUUUAAGAGGUCAGAAAGCAAUACCACUGAAUAGCACACUUAUUCACACUGUCAGAGAAAUUAUUAUUAAAGAAUCGAUUUUUGGAUUAUGGCGAGGCACUAUUCCAACAAUUAUGCGUAAUGUUCCCGGUACCGCACUAUAUUAUUCCGCUUUGUCACAGAUUCGUAAUCUUUUUUCAUUAAGACACCAAAUUAGUUCAUCGAGCUCUGUAUCACAAAGAUCGAUCACCGGUUCUUCUUUGCCUGUAUUAUCAGAUAAAGAAAAUUUAAUUUCUGGCAUGGUAGCUAGGGGGUCCGUUGGAUUCGUGAUGAUGCCCGUUACUGUUGUUAAAGUCAGGUAUGAGAGCAAUUUCUAUAACUACAAAAGUAUGUGGGAUGCCUUAUCAUCUAUAGUUAGGACUGAUGGUGUCAAAGGCCUGUUUUACGGAUAUGGCGCUACUGUCACCAAGGACGCGCCUGCUGCAGGCUUAAAUGUUUUGUUUUAUGAACGUUUCAAACUCACAUUGCAAGAUUAUUCACCCUCAUUAUCACCAACAGUUACCCACAUGAUUUCAGGUACUUUUUCGGGAUCCUUGGCAGCUUUGAUAACACAUCCUUUUGAUAUGCUUAAGACACGAAUCCAGUUAAAACCUUAUGAGUAUUCAAAUAUGUUUCGUGGAGCAAGGAAAGUUUUAAAGGAAGAAGGUUUUCUAAGAUUUUUUGAUGGACUUACCCUUCGCCUUGGAAGGAAAUCGAUGCAAAAUGCAAUUGGUUGGACAUUAUUUGAAGAGCUCGUAACGUGGUUUCAGAAAAAUGGGAUUUAA